AUGAUUUGCCUGCAUCGAAUCGCUUUCCUAUACCAAACGCUCGACUACCUUCGUGGUCAGCCUGUACAACCGCAAUCAAGAUAUUCCGUCAAGUCAGAAGCGUCAACCUCAUCUCCCUUGAUAGACAAAUGCUAACACCACCGCAAAUACAGUUUCGGCUCCUCCAAACCCCUCUCCUACGAUGUAUUUUGAAGCCGUCCAUUCCAAAUAUGCCCUAGGACGCGAGUACUGGCUGGUCGUUCAUCGCGAGAAUAUUGCUACAUCUCUGGCUACCAGUCCCACGAUGCUUCGGCGUGUCCAACUCGACGACAAUGUUGAUAUCCUUGUCGACCUUCACACGCCUGGUAUAAAUGUUACAAUGGCAACUGUAAAGGCUAUAACUGUUACCGUGCAGAAUCUGAGUUUCAAGCUAGAUUGUACGCGGGGGGUCAAGCUGGUAGAGGAUCCGGCAAUGCGAUCCCAGCUCCAGGUGGACAUAAAGAAGCUGAAGGAGUAUGAGUUCGCAGUUCAGGUCACAGUUGGGACGGACGAGGUAUGUAGUACAUGGCCCAGCGCACCUCCUUGAUCGAUGCUGCUAAUGGAGGGCUAGAAUGAUGCACCAGCCGUGCGUGAAGUCAUGGACUUGAUCUGCAAGGGAGUCGACGCUAUUGAGAAACGUUAUCCUGAGGACGAAAGAGAGAGUCUUGACAGCCACGAAGAACUCAAGAUGCUUGCCCUGUUCCCGACAUUGUUUGAUCGUUAUUCA